ACCACCAUCGCAGCAAACGUCACUUAUUAUUAUUAUUAUUAGGGUAAAGCAAAAAUAGUGAAGUGAAAGGAGAGAGAAAAGAGAGCCGCACGAACUUAACGAAGAUAGAUUCAGAUCGGAAACGGAAGAACGAUUCGGUCUCCUCAACAGAUCGAUCGACGAAGGAGAAGAAAGACGAUCAUCACCACCACCACCACCUCAGCAAGCAUCGGAAGAAGAGCAAGAUGUCGUCGAGGGAUCAAGUCAAGGCGUCGCAUAUUCUGAUUAAGCAUCAGGGAUCUCGUAGGAAGGCUUCGUGGAAGGAUCCGGAAGGUAAGAUUAUUAUGACUAUUACUAGAGAAGCCGCCGUCGAGCAGCUCAAAUCGAUCCGUGAAGAUAUUGUCUCUGGCAAGGCUAACUUCGAAGAAGUGGCGACUCGUGUUUCUGACUGUAGCUCAGCUAAACGCGGCGGCGAUCUCGGUCCCUUUGGUCGAGGUCAAAUGCAGAAACCAUUUGAGGAAGCAACUUAUGCACUCAAUGUGGGAGAUAUAAGCGACAUUGUUGAGACAGACAGUGGAGUCCACAUCAUAAAGAGAACAGCUUGAUCUGAUCUGAUUGUGAUGAUAUGAUAUAAUAAUAUGUAUCAAAGGUUGCCCAAGCUUCUUUUUCCUUGUCUUCUUGACCAGAAGAACAUAGAAGAAGAAUAUUGUGGUUUUGAUUCUGAAUCUGUCUACGAAUUUGAUACAACCCAAAACAUAUGAUAAAAAACCAGACACUGUAUCUCAUUUCUUCUUAAAGCUUCAUAAGCACAGUCCUGUCUGUCGUAGACAGUGACUUGUAUCAUCAUCUUUCAAAUAUCUUCGUGAUGUCUUUAUGCUAAAGUUAUUUUGUGUUGGUU